UUGUAUGUAUCAAAAGUCAAAACCUCCAUUAUUAUCAAAAAUGGACAAAUAGUAAGAACUAUUUUAAGUUUUUGAAUAGUUCUAUUCUCACAAUUUUAUAAAUCAAAUGUGAAUAUAGAUUUUUUAGAUAGAUAUCUUGGAAAAUAAACGAAAUGUCUGGGUACAGAAGAGUGAAUUACUACGAAUUGUGUCGUUUGUGCACUACUAGUGAAGGUAGCAAGCUUGAUAUUUUUCGCAGUGAAGGGAAAAAACGACAGAUUACUACUAAAAUUGAAGCAUGUCUUUCAUUCCCGGUUCACGAAGACGAUUCAUUACCCAAAAAUAUUUGCAGUCAGUGCGAGGAAAAAUUGGAAACUGCUUACAACUUUAGAGAAGCCUGUUUGGAUGCAAGAAAAAUGUUGACAACGUUUUUCUCAACAAUCAGAUUCUCCGACGAUUUUGUCAAAAAUAACAUGGUAUACAUUAGAGACACAUCACAAAAUGUAUCAAAAGAACAGCCUUCCGAAGCUGAAGAGCUUCCAGCAACCAGAGACUCUGCUAUGAAUUCCGGUAAAACAACAAUAAUUGUAAACAAUCAUUCGCAGUCACCAGACAUCAAUCACGUCUCUUCGACCACUUCCAGAGUUGCAGCUGCAUCUAAAAAGCCUGUCGUUAACUCCAUUCACAAUAGUUACAGCUUUAGGGAUCAAAUGGAGGCCCAAGGUGUAACAUUGUCGAACGACGUAUCCCUCGGUGUGCCCAGUCAAGUGGUGGUUGUCAACUCGAACUAUAUGGGCUUCAACGGUGCCAAUCUGCUGAACGGCAAUGUCAAACGAGAAUCACCGCUCAAUAACAAUCACGUGACACUCAACAAGUCGCAGUUGACCUUUCAGUCGUCGCCCGAAUUGCAGCUGAAAGAAGAGAUCGACGAAGAUGUCGAACAACAGCUGUUUUAUGGCAGAAAGAAGAAGAAGACUUUGAUCGAGAUGACUGGUAGCAGCAUGGGAGAUGCCCUGCAACAUGAUAUAAGUUAUCAACAUAAUCAGGAGUUCAGGUUGCAGCUGGGGCUGACCAAUGAGGAUAAGGAAUCAGCUGCUAAUUUCAUCACGGAGAAUGUCGAGAACAGGACAUCAGACGCUCAGUUGAGCGAGUUCGCUUUCUUCAAGCUGAAAACUGAACCGUCGAUGGACGACUCGCUGGCAGAGGAGAACGGAGACCUGCCCGAUUGUGGAGGAGCAGGAAGAAGAGGAGUUGAGGAGGAGAUGAGUGAUCGCGAGUUCGGAGGAGGAGGAGGUGGUGGAUCUAGUCAGGAGUUGACCGGUCACAUGGUCGGCUAUGAGGAGGGCGUGGGAGGAGGACGGCUGGAAGAGGGGGAAGAGGGGGAUGAGGAGGUGAGUCCCGGUGGCAGGAGGAGGCCGGCCUGUGAGGUGUGUGAAGUUUGCAGCAAACGGUUCAGGCGGAAAGAACAUCUGCUUCAGCAUAUGAAGCUGCAUACAGGUGAGCGUCCCUACAGCUGUGCGGUAUGCGACAAAAAGUUCAGUCGCAAAGAGCAUCUGGCGCGACACGCGGUGUCACACACGGGACAAAAGUGUCACCCGUGUGACAUCUGCGGGAAGACCUUCAGUCGCAAGGAUAACCUUCACAAACAUAAAAAAAUUCACGGCGUUGCGGGACCUUACGUUUGCGAGGAGUGUGGGAAGUCGUUCCUAAUUAAACACUACUAUCUGCUGCAUCAGAGUUCACACACAGCGCCAGCCGCAGCAGACGACACGACUCUGUUCAAGUGCGACAUCUGCGAGAAGGUGUUCGCGACCAAACAGUAUCUCCGGUCGCACAAGAUGCGUCACGAGCGGAAGAUGCGACAAGAUGAGGCGGUUGCCACUAAACUAGCUACCUCCACCUCUAACCCUCCUAUAGCAGUACUAGCCCCGAAACUCGUGACCACCUCCACCUCUCCUCCUCCUGUACUCUCCUCCGAGCCUCCCCCUCUAGCCCCUCUCACUCCCAACCAGCCCCCUCCUCUCACCACUAUCAACGCCCAAGCUAUACUGCCCUCCAACCUCCUUCACUCUCAGUCCUCCACCAAUGUGGCCUCUCUCUCUAACCCUAUGCUUCAGGUGUGUAAUCUGACUGGCAAACAAACGUUAAUUAUGUCGGUGGCAUCCAAACAGCUGAUGGAAACUCUCCGUAAACUUAAUUCGUCUUGAUAGAUUUCGUUAAUCUAAUUCGUUAUCGAUUUCGUCUUAGAUUUCGAUAAUGGCUGAACGAUGGUUGUACAAAAUCUGUGGGGAUGUGAUCUCACAAUAUUUUUAUCAUCUAUGAUCAUUUAUUCACGUUUAAUAGAUUUCGUUGAUGGCUGAACAACGAUUUUACAAAAUCUGUGGAGAUGUGAUCUCAGAGAUCAUUUAUCCACGUUUUAUAGAUUUCGUUGAUGGCUGAACAACGGUUGUACAAAAUCUGUGGAGAUGUGAUCUCAGAGAUCAUUUAUCCACGUUUUAUGGAUUUCGUUGAUGGCUGAACAACGGUUGUACAAAAUCUGUGGAGAUGUGAUCUCAGAGAUCAUUUAUCCACGUUUUAUAGAUUUCGUUGAUGGCUGAACAACGGUUGUACAAAAUCUGUGGGGAUGUGAUCUCAGAGAUCAUUUAUCCACGUUUUAUAGAUUUCGUUGAUGGCUGAACAACGGUUGUACAAAAUCUGUGGAGAUGUGAUCUCAGAGAUCAUUUAUCCACGUUUUAUGGAUUUCGUUGAUGGCUGAACAACGGUUGUACAAAAUCUGUGGAGAUGUGAUCUCAGAGAUCAUUUAUCCACGUUUUAUAGAUUUCGUUGAUGGCUGAACAACGGUUGUACAAAAUCUGUGGGGAUGUGAUCUCAGAGAUCAUUUAUCCACGUUUUAUAGAUUUCGUUGAUGGCUGAACAACGGUUUUACAAAAUCUGUGGAGAUUUGAUCUCAGAAUAUUUUUAUCAUCUAUGAUCAUUUGAUCCGUGUUUAACACUAUCCAAUUCUACAUUACUGUAUGUAUGAUCGCAUGCAUUAUAAUGGUUAAUCAUUAUAGAAAUAACUACUAGGUUAUUUAUUUGUAAAAUAAAACACCCUUUUUAAACUUUUUUACAUGAACAGUUCUAGUUUCAGCACUCAUGCCAUUUUCAAGUGUCAAAAUGUCGGUUUGCAUUUUGACAUUUGAAAAUGACACUAUUGCUGAUCAAAUCAAAUCAAAGUUUAUUCAUCAAAAUAAUUACAAUACAAAUUUGGAUAUUAUAAAAUUUAAUGAUUAGCAUAGAUAAUUUAAUAGAGGCAAAAGCCUCUAGACUGUGUAUUCCAAAUUAAGGUUUAAAGCCGGCGAAUGCCUGUUGUUUUUACCUGGAUUGCAUUUGUAUAUUUAUGAAUAAAUAAUAAAUAUACACCCCACUAUAAAUACUGAU